UUGGUUACAAUAAAUAGCAUUACUCAGCAGAAAAAUCAUUCAUACAAUACACGCAAUCGUGCCCGGUAUUACUAAGCGGCCCCGUAAAGCCAGUUCCAAUACAUUGGUGACGGUAUGCCCAUUGCAGCCACACCGAGUCUUUGUGAGCCUUCGAAACGAUCUGGGUUCGUUUUCGGUGCGCGAAGCCGUAUUUAACCAACUGCCAGGCCGGGCGGCUAUCCAUUUACGCAGAACUUUAUCGCUACAGAAACACUCCGUUUUUCCAGCGUGCCUUCAAAGUGUUUACGUCGCGCGCAGGAUCGGGUGUUGUUUACUUUGCAUGGUUUACUGUUUAUUUCGUCUGGUCGUCAAAAACUGGGUAAAAGAAACUGUGCCGUCUCCACGUUUUCGAGCCGAUCGUUUGCCGCGUUCAGAACGGUCGCGGCCACUGGGAAAGAAAGAAACGAAUUUGCGUUUGCCAUUUUCUGGUGACAGGGUUCUUGUAAAAUGUGGAUCGUUGUUUACUAAACAUUGAUUUAUUAGGGCUUAUGUUUCGCGUUGUAAAGCAACUUAAUGUAAUAAAACAAAAAAACAAUUAUUAUCAAUACAACAAUUCUACUGAAACGGUUAUCGUCACGUGGCAGAAAAUGUUAUUGUUUAUUAGAAUAUUUCAUCUUACACUUUCCAGUAUUAUACACUCUACACAAGAAAAAAAUUAGCAAAUAAAUAAAAGUUACAACAGCUACAUAUUACAUUAGUUCAUAAUAAACAGGACAUUUUGUAAAGUAAUCGAAGCAAACCCUGCACAUUACUCGCGCAAGUGCAAGCACUCUCUCUUUCUCUCCCUCUCACGCUCACGACCGAACGCAUAGCUCUCUCGCUUUCCCAUAUCGCACUCCGAUCGUGCAACGCGAUCGCACAAGGCUUACGCAGGCAAAAGGCUUGAGCGCGUGCGCAACUGGGAGCGAAAGAGCGCGUUGCGAACAAAAACACUUUCCCCGUCUCUUUCCUUCCAACGCGCACGGGAUUAGAAUGGUGAGUAUUCUUUAGAUUCUGAACGGAUGGAUGGAUUCCGGGGCUGUAUUUCCGCGAAGGUCCACGUUAGUUCUGUGCGCGUUCCCUUAUCAUAAGCAUCGCGAGCUGGAAAGUGGGUCGUCAGUUGGAGUAUCACAUUGGCCAGCAACUGAAGCAGAGCCUUCAGAGUUUGCAUAUUUCCUAACCGCCAUCUUCAUCUGACUGUCGGCGUGUCGUUCUGUGUUAAGUUUAUUCAAUGGAUUGCAAAAGUUACACGCGGAUUACGUCCAGUGCGUUUGGACGCGUCAGCCGAAUGUGUCAGGAUCACAUUUCGUUGCGCAAGCAAACGGUGUCGCAAGGUGAAUAGGAUUCCUAAUUCGAUGUGAACAACGUGCUCCGUCAGCCAUUUGUCGCACAGGACAUCGUGUGAACAUUACGAACAGUAAAAAUCGUUUCAUGUGUACCGAAUGUGUUUGGAACGCAGUGAACAAAGUGUAAUGCCGGAAUGGUUCUAUUGCGAACUUGUCCAUCGGCAUUGGGAGUCAGAUCUUAUGGGGCGGUUUUUUGAAAAACAAGUGUGAAACACGAUCAACAGCUAUUCAUUCCCCCGUUCUGUGCUAUCAAUACCAUCACCUAAACAAAAAAUAAAUAUAGAAAAAAAACUCCCCACCAGAGACGGACGGGCAUAUGGUUGGCCGUUAUCUUGUGCUGGCCAAUGUGUCAAUGUGAUUAGUAGUAGUAGCAGCAGAAGGCACUCUGUGCUGCCUUUUCCAUCAAUGACAUACCGCACUCGACAUAGCCGGGCACGGGACUGAUUCGCUUCUGCUGCGUACGCAACCCUUUUUAUAUUGGAAAUUUCUUAUCACCGCUUGACGGAAUCAAAUAAUAACGCAAGGCAAAAGACACACGCAGUGUGUGUGAUGUGUGUGUGUGUGAUGUGUGCGUGUGUGUAUGCUGCUCGUCUCCCAUAGGUUAUCAUCAUCCUGGUUGGCCGGUGCCGCCAGCACUAAGGCGUGUUAGACGAUUUCGUUGCGCAAACCCAUCACCUUAACGUGGGAUCACCAUCGCACCGAGCACAGAGUGUGACAGUGUGGCGGAAUUCAUCGGAAGAAGAAUGACGUCGGGAGACCUCGAAUUUAAAAAACAGUCAUCAUUCUGCACCGUAUCGUAUAGGCCGCGUGGAAUGCGUUUGUCUCGCGGGUAUUGAGAGAUUGUGGAGCAAAAGUUAGAUAGUGAAAAAAUUGGGCUCCAGAAGCGACAAAGUUGUGUAGUAGACGUCGGAACAAGGGUUAAGUUACUGCAGAAUUUAAGUGACAAGUGAAAAACAGAUUUGUGCGAAACGUGCUACUAGGUAGUGUGGAUUGACUCCUAGAGCUGUCAUAGGAUUUAGUGAAUGAUUUAAAGUGAAACGUCAUUCUGACGUUAAAGAGUGUUUUGUGUGUGUGAGUGUUACACGAUCGCCCCAAGUGCAGUGUAGAAAGGGCAAUCGCGAUCAUUAGAAGUUAUAAUUAAAUAAAGCACAUUUUGCUAGACACACCAAGUUGGAACUGUUCCGUUUUAGACAUGGGUAGGUCGACGAUAAUCAAUUAAAUGGAAAAGAUCUUAAGGGAAAAAUUAUGCGAAAAAAGUUUGUUCAGACGCUGGCAGCCCAGCAGCUAGAACUUUCCAGCCACAUACGAACGCACGAAAUGGAGCUCGAAAAGGAGUCGCCUCGUGCGCAGCAACAGCGUACCCAGUCUGGCAGCGGACCAGAAGAUGUGAUUGAAAUCAUCGACGACGAUCAGGAGGUGGAGUUGAUGAUGGAACGCCACAGGAAGUACCAUCCACGCAAGUACGUGAACCUGCAGCAACCGACGUCAAAGGUGUAUUACGACAAGAUCGAUACCAUGGACACGUCACCCGCUCCGGAUAAAGAUGAUCACGACAUGGAGGAGGAAGACGAGGAUAAGUUGAUGGUGAUCGAUUGUGCGAAGGAAGGUACCCAAACGAAGGAACCCAACAACAACAGUGCCAACGCACCGAACGGAAACGUUACGAUGCUUGACUCCAAUGGUGAAUUGUCCGGUCCUGUCAGCUAUCCCUCCAAAACAAACGAUGCACAAUCGGGUCGUACACAGUCAAACGACCAGCAAACCGCAUCCGGUGGCAAUUGGCAUGUGCCCCAGAACGUUGCUCAAUUGGGCGGGAAACAUUCGGAACUACGGCAACAUCUUCUGCAGAGGGAAAAGAUGAUGCGCUCCAGAACGGAUAUACCGGCACCGAGUAUGUUCCAGCAGCAACAACAGCAAUAUGGUCCACCGUCCUACCAACGUUCCCAGCGAUCACAUCCUUACGAGCGGCAUCCGAGCGAAUCCUCCGGCACAACGACAAUGCCCAGUUACAAGACACCACAGCAGAAUGAAGGAAAAAGUACUGCCACACCACAUUCACGUACUUCACAAUCGCAAAGAUCACCCAAAGUUGGUGGAAUCCCAUCCGGGAUCAGUUUAGGUGGUGGAGAAGGAAGAAAAUCGGCGUUCUCCUCACCUCAGGAUAAGAGACUCCAUGACGUGACUAUGAUGCCGGGACCGACACUUGCCGCGAUGGCUGGAUCGGCUAGCAGUGUCGCUAUAGCACCACGCACUCCCUUCUACCAGCAUCAUCCGUACGUGGCGCCGUACCAUUAUCAUCCUGCGUACAGUGCCAACACAACGCCGAGCGCCAGCACCUACCACACGCUGGAAGAAUGGUACCGAGCGGGUUAUCCUGCACCACAUCUGCUGUCGCCCACCGAGCUCCAGUACUACUACCAUUGCUAUCUCAGCAAGUACGUACUAUCGGCUCCCGGGUAUCAUCCGCACGAUCAACACUACCGCGACUAUUCAUCACUGGCGAUGACGCCUGGAGCUGGUACUGCUUACUAUCCGCCGCCACAGUAUGGAUUCGUUAAACCUCCUACCAACAGUGUCGUUGUUGCGAGUCCUGCUCCCAAUGUUACCGUUCCUACUCCUGCUGCUGGUGGUAGUGGUGGUGUCACAACCGCUCGUUCCGCAUAUCCAGCCAAUCAACCGAUCGAUUUUUCACACUACAAUGAUCAUAACGUACCAACACUCGGCGCAGGAUUUCUUUCUGAAACAUUACCACCCGCAUCGACGCAAGCAAACGCUGUAUCACAGCAGUCAAAAUCCUACUCGAUCGUUCCGUCAACUACAUUGCAUUACACGCCGCCACAAUCGGAAACAAUACGCCCUAGCGUAAUCAACCAUGCAUCAGCACCACCCGCCAAAGGAUCACCAUCUGCAGCACAUACGGCAUCGUUAAAGCCACCAUCAACGUCGACGACUGUGCCACAACCACCACAGCCAUCAUCGAUCAUGCUGUCACCUACUACGGCACUACCGUCUACUAUGCUGUCACCAAGUGCAUCUCUGCCUUCUACUAUGCUGUCACCUUCGAGCAUGCCGUCUCCUACCAAACAUCCAGCUCCACCACCUAAUAUGCCAUCCCUUUCAUCGACUAUGCCGUCACCAAGUAGCCAGCCUCCUGUUACUAAUCCACCUACCAGCACGGCUGCCCCAACACCAGUUCUCUCUCCAUCCAGUAUGAUGCCACCACCUACCAGACAUCCACCACCCAGUAUGCCAUCACUUUCUUCUACCAUGCCUCCACCUUCCUCUCCCAGCUCUGCCAGACGUAAUCCGUUGGAUAUGCCCAAACUACCACCACCACCACUACCAUUGCCUCCAACUAACAUCCCAUCCAGUGCUCACCGGACCGAAAGAACGGACCCACGUGCAGAUUUACCGCCAUCUGUUGGAAAAGCCGAUACAAACCUCAGCAACAACGUCAGGAAUGAUCCUCGAUCAGAUUUUACCUCAAAAGAAGCUAAGUCUGAUGAAACGGAUAUCAUUAGACGUACGAGAAAAUACAAUCUGCAAAAACCAUCCGCCAACUUCGGUAGCAGGUACGAACAGCCUUCUCCUACCCUAUCACCACAUACACCGAAACGUCGAGGUCGUCGUCCUUCAUCAUCAUCCUCAUCACACCACAAAGCUUCAUCCCAGAUGGCAUCAAAACCAUCGGACGCUGCAGCGCGAACUACUAACACCAAUGGCGAACGUAACAUUGGUGUCCUAUUGCAGCAAAUGCGCCGGGAGAUGAUGUCCUUUCUGCAACAGCGCCGUUCCGAUAUCAUAAGCACGAUGCGCAUUUACACGAUCGGACGUAUGGAUUUCGGUGGAUUCUUGGUGGAGAUGAAACGGCACAGUGUCACAUAUCGGGACUUUAUGCACGUAGCCUUUACGCUGAUGCGCCGCUGCGGGUACAGUGGGUUCGCGAUGGAACCACCGGCCGAGCUUGAUUAUCGGUGGAAGAACCCACCGCAGGAGUUUGCGGAUUACUUCGCGAAGAACGAUCAGUGCAACAAACAGUUUGUGGCGGAUAACUUUGACUUUUUGCUGCUGAUCGUGGACAAUCUGCUGCAGCAGUACUUCGAACCGAUGGAGUUCUUUCUGCUGACGUACGUGUUGGGAUUGCGGGCAAAGUAAACCAACCGGGGAGAGCCAGGGAGAGAGAAAGCAUAAGACAAAGCUGUAAAGGAAAGGACGGUUUUUUUAGUAGUUAUACACGAAGUAUGAUCGUGUUGUGGUGGUAGCAUUUAAACAAUUUAAAAUAAGCAUAACAAUUAAGUUUCUGUUUAACGUUUGACUACUCCUGCUACCAAUGGUACUAUUUAAGUUUUAUGCAAAGCAACGAACGCACUCUUGGAGGCACGAACUAUCGAAUAAUGCCAAACAUCCUGUUCUCAAGAGACCCUCCUUGAAACGUAGCUCUCUUCCUCGCUGUUUUUGUUUUUGUUCCCUUUUAUUCUAAAAUGCACUAAAAAGUGCAAGCGCUUCAAUUCAUUUAGAUAAAAGUGCCAUAUACGUUUACGGAAGUAGUGUGUAUUGCAAUUGAUUUACUAUUAAAUUUUCUUUCUACUUCAUAUUUUCAACAAUUAUGAGCUUUUGAAUUUAAAAACUUAAUUACGGCUUAAAUUUUUUGGUUCUUUAAAUAAUUCUUUCUUUGUGCUUUUUCUCUCAAAGCAGCCUCUAUAAAUAUACUCAUGAUAAAAUAAAAUCAUGGAGGGUUCAGAAUACUAUUAAACACAUAAUAAGUUAGUAUUUAAAGCAUUUUCAUUUGUAAGUGUUUUGGCAAGAUAAUGAUGUUCGGGGGGGUAAAUUAUUGAGUUUUUAAGUUAAGACUAAGUUAUAGCCUAUAAGUGAAUGUGUGUUAGGAAUGCAAAAUAAAGGAUAAGUUUUAUAUAAUA